AUGGCUGUGGCAGCAGAGGCAGAAGCCUCACCACGGAUACAAGAAGCGCGAAAAGCCGUCAAAUCAGAUCCUAAAAAAGCCGAAUCAAUCUAUCAAGAGAUACUCUCCCAAAAGCCCAGCGGCACCGUCGCUGCCUUCCAAGAAUAUGAAGCUGCCUUGAUGGGUCUAGGACAGACCUACCAAUCUCAAAAGAAAUGGAACGACCUCUCCAGCCUUGUAAAAUCCAGCACCUCGUCCCUAACCUCCUUCCCGAAAGCAAAGACCGCAAAAAUAGUUCGACAACUCCUCGAUCUCUUCCCCUCCUCCGACCCAAGCACAACUCCCCUCCAAAUCUCAACCACGAAAUCCUGUAUCGAAUGGGCCAUCUCUACGCGCCGGAGCUUUGUAAAACAGUCACUUGAAACCCGCCUCGUCUCCCUUUACAUGUCUCAAGCCGCUUAUUACGACGCCCUAUCCCUCAUCAACACCCUCCUCAAAGAACUAAAACGUCUUGACGACAAGCUCGUCCUUGUUGAGGUCCAGCUCCUCGAGUCGCGCGUCUACUCCGCCCUUGGUAAUAUACCGAAAUCUAGAGCUGCACUCACUAGUGCAAGGACGAGCGCUGCUAGUGUGUACACGCCUCCACUGCUGCAAGCGGGGCUGGAUAUGCAGAGUGGGCAACUGCAUGCGGCGGACGGAGAUUUUGGAACAUCAUACAGUUACUUCGUGGAGGCGCUCGAGGGUUAUCAGAGUCUCGAUGAGGGAGCGAAGGCGACAAGUGCGUUGCAGUACAUGUUGCUUUGCAAAGUCAUGGACAACGCGAAUCAAGAAGUCACGCAGCUGCUGGCGAGUAAGAGCGCGGUGAAAUACGAGAGCAGCAGUCUAGAAGCCAUGAAAGCGGUCGCGACUGCACAUGCGAAUAGGAGUCUUGAAGAGUACGAGCGUGCGUUGGGGAAGUAUAGGAACGAGUUGGGCGGGGAUGCGUUUGUGAAGAGGCAUCUGGUUAAGCUGUAUGAUGCUAUGCUGGAGCAGAAUCUUUGCAAGGUCAUUGAACCGUUUUCGAGGGUGGAGAUCAAACAUGUGGCCAAGAUGGUGGGGCUAGAUAUCGCGCAGGUAGAGAGGAAACUGAGUCAGAUGAUCUUGGAUAAGGUGAUUGUGGGAGUGCUGGAUCAGGGGGCUGGGUGCCUUAUCGUCUACGAGGAGGCGGAGAGGGACGGGGGGUACGAUGCUGCAUUGGAGACAAUUGCGAGUCUGAGCAAUGUGGUAGAUGUGCUGUAUGCUAAUCAAGCGAGUCUAUUGGAGUGA